UAGAUUGACAAGUGAGGAGUAAGGAGCUCCUCAGAUUUGGACCCAAUCAAAUUCAUCUUCGAUACAGAUCCCAAAUUUCUAGGGCUCCAAGUCCUUUGAUUUCUUCGACUGUAAUCGCAAUUCCCCACUACGUCAAGCUGGACAGACACCGAAGGGAUCGCCAUGACAGUGGCGGCUACGAAGAUUCCUACCAUAACCACCGAACCACCCAUCCUAGAGGUCCGUCUCGUCCCUCUGAUUCACGCUUCGAAGAGGAUGAUGAUGAUUUUAACCGCCAUCGUCGUCGUCGUGGAAGCAGCCCUAGCAAUUAUCGAGUUGGAAUUGGGGGCGGAGGAGGAGGUGGUGGUCGACGUUGGGAAGGUGACAGUCCUACGGAUUUUGAUGGUCCCAGAGAUGGAGGUUUCCGGCAGAUGAAUGGUCCUCCAGAUAGAGUAGAUUUUCAGCCGAUGCGUCCUCGGAAUGGUGGAAGUUUUCGGCCUAUGGGUUUUGCCUACGAUGACGGUUUUCGUCCGAUGGGUCCUAACGGUGGUGUAGGAGGAGAAGGGACGCGGUCAAUUGUUGGAGCUGGUGGUGGCAGAGGAGGAUUUCGGUCUAACGGACCCGCGAAGUUUCAGCCUUCAGAGAGUCCAGACGGGAGGAGAUUUAUCGGUAAAGCAAUGGAGUCUGAUUAUUCUGUAAGGCCGACUACACCGCCGGUCCAACAGCCUCUUUCUGGUCAGAAACGAGGGUAUCCUAGCUCAGAUCAUGGCAGCUAUACUGGAGCUGAUGUUUCUGAUCAUAGCAGUACUGUCAAGCUUUUUGUUGGCUCCGUACCAAGGACAGCUAUAGAAGAAGAAGUUCGUCCCUUUUUUGAAAAGCAUGGAAAUGUUCUGGAGGUUGCUUUGAUCAAGGACAAGAGAACUGGACAGCAGCAAGGCUGUUGUUUUGUAAAGUAUGCAACUUCUAAAGAUGCGGAUAGAGCCAUUAGAGCACUGCACAAUCAGAUCACUCUUCCUGGGGGAACUGGUCCUGUUCAAGUUCGAUAUGCUGAUGGGGAGAGAGAACGCAUAGGCACGCUAGAGUUUAAGCUUUUCGUUGGUUCACUAAACAAGCAAGCCACUGAAAAAGAAGUUGAGGAGAUAUUUUUACAAUUUGGUCGCGUAGAAGAUGUCUAUCUCAUGCGUGAUGAAUAUAGACAGAGUCGUGGAUGCGGGUUUGUUAAAUAUUCAAGCAAAGAGACGGCAAUGGCAGCUAUCGAUGGUCUCAAUGGAACUUAUACCAUGAGAGGUUGCAAUCAACCAUUGAUUGUUCGAUUUGCUGAUCCAAAGAGACCUAAACCUGGCGAGUCAAGGGACAUGACAGCUCCUGUUGGACUUGGUUCAGGGCCUCGUUUUCAAGUUUCAGGACAAAGGCCUACCUCUAACUUUGGUGACUCUAGUGGGGAUGUAAGCCACACAAAUCCUUGGCGUCCAGCGAAUUCACAAAACGUAGGUCCACCUAGUAACACUGGGAUCCGUGGUGCCGGAACUGACUUUUCCCCUAGACCAGGUCAAGCAACAUUGCCUUCAAAUCAGGGUGGCCUGUUUGGUGGUUAUGGUGUUCCUCCCCUUAAUCCUCUUCCAGUCUCUGGAGUUUCAUCUUCUGCCAAAUUGCAACAGCAAAAUCGGGCAGCUGGCCAGCAAAUAUCACCAUUAAAAAAACCUCUUCACAGUCCACAGGGUCUCCCCCUACGUCCACAUUUCCCUGGGGCCCAGGCACCCUUGCAGAAUCCUUAUACUUAUAGCAGCCAGUUGCCUUCCUCUCAGCUGCCGCCACAGCAAAACGUCACUCGUGCAACUGCUCCUCAGACUCCUUUGAACAUUAAUCUACGGCCAACACAUGUGUCUUCUGCAACUGAUCAAUUUCCCCCUCGUUCCCAGCAGCAACCGCUACAAAGGAUGCAACAUCCUCCUUCUGAGCUAGCUCAGCUCUUGUCACAGCAAACUCAGAGUCUACAAGCAACACUCCAAUCUUCUCAGCAAGCAAUAUCUCAGCUGCAGCAGCAGGUGCAGUCUAUGCAGCAACCAAACCAAAAUUUACCACUCUCACAGAAUGGCCAAGCUGGUAAACAGCAGUGGGCUGGAUCUGCAAUUCCAACAGUUGUUAGCACCACUGGUUCGACACCAGUUAGCUUUUGUCAAACAGCUGCACCUGCAGUAAGUCAGAGCGUGGUUUCUGUCAAAUGUACCUGGACCGAGCAUACCUCGCCUGAUGGAUUUAAAUAUUAUUACAAUGGUCUAACGGGUGAAAGCAAGUGGGAAAAACCUGAGGAAAUGAUAGUGUUCGAACGAGAGCAACAGCAACAGCAACAACAUCAAGAAAAGCCAACUAUACAGCAGCCCCAGACCCAAUUACAGCCGUUGCAGCAACAACCACAACAAGUUCACCAGCAAUAUCAAGGCCAGCAAUUACAGCAUCCGUUUUAUUCUUCACUGUAUCCAACUCCAGGGUCCAACCAUAAUGCUCAGUAUCCAUCAUUGCCAGUUGGUCAAAACAGCCAGUUUCCUAUGCCAGGAAUAAGUCAAAAUGCUCAGGACUAUGCUCGGACACAUAUACCCGUGGUGGGAGCUGCUUCAAUGAAUGAUCUAUCAAGAACUCAACAGAGCCGUCAAUCUCCCCAAGAACUCAUGUGGAAGAAUAAAGCAUGAGGUACAUGAAACGAGGAGCUAAAAUAUCUCAGUAACUAGAUAGAAAUUUCUGGAACUAAUUAGACAAGGAGAGGAAAAGCAGCAAUGGCAGUGUUCUUAGUCUCUGAUUUUUUAAGUUAAUUCCUUCAGGUAAAAUAGAUAGGCGAUUCGAAGACCAUCUGCAUUCUUCUCUAAUCAGAUAUCUUCUUCAUUUUCAUUUAAAGAGUUACCAAACAAUGGCCUGUUGUAACAUAGCUAGCGCAAGUCAUGUCUCAUGUUGUGUUACUAGUAGUAAACUUAGCUGGGAAAACCAAACUUUGAUCCAGACUAGGAGUCAUAUAUUAUAGAAAUAGAAAUCUGUGCUUUCAUAUAUCA